CGCGGCGCUCGCUGGCUGGGGUGGCUGGGACCGUUAGCUCGCCAGGCUGGCAGGCUCCGGGCCCUCCUCCGCUGGCCGUCGGGAUGGAGACGAUGCGAGCACAACGACUGCAGCCCGGAGUGGGCACCAGCGGAAGGGGGACUCUUCGAGCGCUGCGACCCGGGGUGACUGGGGCUGCGGCCACCGCCGCCACACCCCCAGCUGGCCCCCCGCCGGCCCCACCGCCCCCUGCACCGCCCCCGCCGCCGCUCCUCCUGUGCGGGGCCCCCGGAAUGCCCCUGCCGCCCGGCGCCGCCGGCAGCCCGGCCGUGCUGCGCGAGGCGGUGGAGGCCGUGGUGAGGAGCUUCGCCAAGCACACGCAGGGCUACGGCCGAGUGAAUGUGGUGGAGGCGCUUCAGGAAUUCUGGCAGAUGAAACAGUCCCGUGGGGCUGACUUGAAAAAUGGGGCUCUAGUGGUUUAUGAGAUGGUUCCCUCCAACAGCCCUCCCUAUGUCUGCUAUGUCACCCUACCUGGGGGAAGUUGCUUUGGGAGUUUCCAGUUUUGCCCCACAAAAGCGGAGGCCAGGAGGAGUGCUGCAAAGAUUGCAUUAAUGAACUCUGUGUUUAAUGAACAUCCUUCCCGAAGAAUCACUGAUGAGUUCAUUGAGAAGAGUGUCUCUGAGGCCCUGGCAUCUUUCAAUGGCAACAGGGAGGAAGCUGACAACCCAAAUACAGGCAUUGGUGCCUUCCGAUUUAUGUUAGAAUCCAACAAGGGCAAGUCAAUGUUGGAGUUCCAGGAGCUAAUGACAGUGUUUCAGCUGUUGCACUGGAAUGGCAGCCUUAAGGCCAUGAGGGAAAGACAGUGCUCUCGGCAGGAGGUGUUGGCUCAUUAUUCACACCGAGCCCUAGAUGACGAUAUUCGCCACCAAAUGGCCUUGGACUGGGUGAGCCGGGAGCAGAGUGUGCCAGGGGCACUUUCUAGAGAGCUGGCCUCCACUGAACGGGAAUUGGAUGAAGCCCGGCUGGCAGGCAAGGAGCUGCGCUUCCACAAGGAGAAGAAAGAUAUUCUCAUGCUGGCUGCUGGGCAGUUGGGCAAUAUGCAUUCUUCCAACUGCUAGGCAUCUACCUUCAUACUCCCUCUCCUUUCCUGGACCUUUUUUGUAUGUCUCCUCUCUAAGACUUAGGAUGAUUUCUGUACAUACUUACUCAAUUUUAUACUUUAAAAUAUAUAUGUAUAUGUAUAAACCACACCUGGAUUCCCAUUUGCUAGGAGAUCUCUUUUCUAACUUCCAGGUUUGGGGACCUCUCCAUUUUAAAACCUCUCCAUUCACUCUUUGAGAAAGAGCAGGCUGUCUUUAGAGCUUGUACACUUCCAGAUUAAUUCUGUAUGGUCAUUUCAAUAACACAAUAUGAUCAAGUGUUCAUGUCUCCCUUUAAAAUAACGGGUAUACCUAUGUACCCCACCCUCACCUUGUCUCAAACAGGGUAUGAGUAAGAAAUCUUUGGCUUUGGUUUAUCUUGAGCUGGAUCUGCUUGGUACCUCUCCUGUCCCCACCACUACCUUACUUCUUUCUUUGUCUCUACUAACCCUUUGUUUUGAGGGUUCCCUACCCUAUUAUUCAGAAAGGAGUGAAAAUCUGGUUUAUUAUUUUUAAAUCAUUCCUGAGAAAUUGCCCAUCAAUACAAGAGGAAUUAUAAACACAACUCAUAGGGUUACUUCCUAAUUUGCUUGGAAGCAAUCUCUAUCUACGAAAGGCAGAUUUCUUGCUUUUGGAAUCAUCUUGGUGACCAGUACAUAUGGAAUCAGAGAUAAAGAAUCCAGCUACAAUUUUAUUAGUGCUUGAAAGUGGCUUCCUUGAUUCUCUAAGCCCCAUCUUUAUAUUCCAUGAAACACAUGUAAUAUUGGAGUAGAGCUCCUACAUUAAAUAAUAGGUAUAUCUGGUUUUAUUUAUACUUAUAACCCCCCCCCCCCAAUCAUAAACCCUCUAGUUUCUCCUGUGCUCCUUUCUCUGGGAAGAAGUGUUAAGGGUGUGAGUUUUGGGAAGAAUUGUCCUUGUACUUCCUAGAUUUAUUCUUUUUAUCAAAUACCCCCAAAUUCCAAAGAAUUUGAGAAAAAAUUGUUUCCUUAUCUGUCCAUUUUUGUUGUCAAAGAUUUUAGUUAUCUUCUAAUGCUUUCUAUGUAUUUUAUAUGUAUAAUUUUAUACAAUUAAAAUAGAUUUUUGUCUAGUGA